GUGUGUGUGAGCGUGUGUGUGUGUAUGUAGAGACCCGAGGAAGUCUGAAUGCACCGAUCACCAGGACCAGUCAUGGCUGGGAAGCCUUUCCGGGCCACCUACAUCUGGAGCAGCAUCAUCUCCAAUCUCAACACUCAGGUGGAGGUCAAGCGCCGACGCCACAACCUCAAGUCCUACAAUGACUGCUUCCUGGGCUCGGACGCCGUGGAUGUGGUGUUGGCACACAUCACCCUGAACCGCUUCUUCGGCGAUGAGGACGUGCCUCGCUACAAGGCCGUCCGUCUCUGCCAGGCCCUGAUGGACUCGAGGGUGUUCGAGCCGGUGGGAAUUAAAGUGUUUGGGAAGGAGAAGAAGCGAGCCACGUUUGAGGACAGUAGUUUCAGUUUGUACAGGUUCCUGAGCCCGACCACCACCUGCUCAUCAUCGCUGACCGACGUCAACUCUCACUCCACCAGCACCAUCGAGAGCGGCUAUGACUCACCGAGCAUGAACAGGAACAAGAACAGCUAUAGUCCAUCACAUGAAAGACACGAGGUGCUGGGCUACUCCACCCACUCCCCUGUUAACACGGACAAAUCCCUGGAGGACGUGCUGGGAAACCUCAACCUGAGCUCGACCGUCACCCCCCAGAUGAUGAACCUCGGCCUCUCGCAAGAGCUGGUGUAUGAGGUGUGGCACCAGCAGGCUGUGUUCAGGCUGUUGCAGCUGGUAGAGCUCCCCCUGCUGGAGAACCUGUUGGAGGGCAAGGAGUCACCUCGGCCUCCGCUGCACGCCAUGGACAGUGACCCGGACCUGCUGUAUACAUCGAGCUACCUGGACCGAGAGGUCCUCAAGGCUUUCAGUGAAGCCCAGGCUGAUGAGUGGAUGUCAGGGGCCGUGGACUGUCUGGAGUUCCUGCCCGAUGAACUGGUGGUGGAGGUCAGCCGAGGUUUGGCCGGCUGCUCAAAUGACCUGCUCCAGAGUAAGAAGCUGCUGUACGAGGUGCUGGCUCAGCAUUACGGACACACACAGCAGCCGCCGCUGCUCAGCAACCACGUUUUUGACAUCCACUCGGGCAUCUCGGAGCUACUCGUGAACGGCAAGCGAGAGCAGGCUCUGGAGGCUCUCCAGCUGAGCCUGAAGCUGCAGGACUCUCGCAGCCGGGAGGAGCUUCGCAGACUCCUGAGAUUCAUGGCCACUGCAGCCAGUCUACAGGAGGUCAAACUGCACAAAGAGAUUGAGAACAGAAUGGCGGUGAAAAGGUCUUUCUCGAGUGCCAUCGUCUACAGCAGGAGACUCCCCAAAGGAAAGGUGGACUUGAUGGUUCUGUUCAUGAUGGAUAACCACUGCGACCUUUUCAAAAUUCCUGUUUCUCUGCACAAGAUGGUCAGCGACCGAAUAACAAACAUUGUAAAAGGGAAAGAUCCAGAUAUCAUAACAGGAACGACGUUCUGUACAAGGUUGAGCCCCAAGGCCUUUUCAGAAAACACACAAAAAAACACGAAAGAGGAGCUUUGGUCUUUACUGCGGACGAUCCACGAGAACCCGGAAUUCUCCAUCAGAGAGAAGAGACGGCUGCUGGGACAGUUUUACAAAGGCCAUCCGGAGAUAUUUGUUCAGUAUUUUGGAAAUAGAUUGUCCAGUAUCAACAUGUUGCUACGGUAAAACAAAAAAGGUCAUGUAUUAUAAUGUAAAAAGAUAUAGAUGUAAAAAGAGAAGCUGAUGUGAA